AUGGCAGGGUCUGCCCAAGAUCAGCAAAAACUAACCUACCGAAAAUGGCUUGCUCCUGUUGCCCAAAAAACUCCGACUGUGCUACCGAGUGUGCUUGCGAUAAGUGCAAGAACGGCCAGUCUGCUGACAGCUCGUGCUCCUGUCGCUUGUGCUCGUGCAAAGAGAACUGCAAAUGCACCGAUUGCAAGGUGUGCCAGGCAAAACACUAGGCCUGCGCACACGGCUAAUAAAAAUCAAUUGCCUACGAUAAGCUUGGAUACCCGGAUAUCCGAUCAUGCAUUUUCGUCGUAUAAAUCAUGCAAUUGUAAUAAGGAAUGCAAAACCGGCCGGAGGCUGUGCUACUCGAAAAUUAUUUUAUUUAGCGGAGACCCUAAAUUACCUCGAAUAAAAUGCCUUGUUCGUGUUCAUCUACUAAGGACUGUGUCUGCGAAGCAGGAUGCUCGUGUUCUCACUGCCAAGACAAGAAGCCAGAAGCUGUGUGCUCCUGCGGAAAGUGCGCUUGCAAGGACGACUGCAAGUGCACUGACUGCAAGACCUGCGAGGAGAAGAAGUGAACGGUUUGCCCUUGAAAAAAGGAUAUGCUAG